AUGGGAUCAAAAUGCUCUAAAUCGAACAACAAACCUGAAAACUCUAAGUCAUUAAGCUUUUCUAUGGGAGACGUCGAAACAGGUCCAGAUAAAGGAAAUUCAAAAAAAAAUUCCUCUAAGAUAUGCAUUCUUAAUGAAUCUUACACGCAACUCGCUCGUAUUGAGGAAAUGCUAAAACAAGACCCCGAAAAUCCUGAGCUAAACGAAGAAAUGGGCCUUUACCUCUACAACAAAGCCAAAUAUGAAGAUUCAGCUCCUUAUUUUGAAAAAGCAAUAGAAUUUGAUGGAAAAUUGUCAAUGAAAAGCUUAAUGGCAGUAGGAGAUCUUGAAACACAAAAAAAUCAGUAUGAAGAAGCAAUAGAAUAUUAUACUAAAGCUCUUUCUAUGGAUCCAUCUGUAGCUGAAAUACAUGAAAGAUUAGGCGAGCUAUAUAGUAAGGUAAAAAACCAAAGCGAGAGCUUAAAUCACCUAGAAGAAGCUGUAGAGCUUGAUCCAAAAAACUGUGAAUAUGGCACGAAUUUAGGCCUAAUGUAUUUAAACAUGCAUCAAUACGAGGAAUCUAUCAAAUGCUUUUUAAAGGUUUUAGAAAUAAACCCAGAAUUUCCAAAAGCCCACAAUAACUUAGGAAACGCUUAUAGAAAAAUUGGGAAACCUAAAGAAGCAAUCCAUCAUUAUUUGCAAGCAAUUGAAUGCACUCCUAAAAGGAAAUUCCCAAUAGCUCACAUUAACCUAGCGACAACCUAUUUUUAUACAGGAGACACUAUUUCUGCUCUACGACAUUUUGAAGAGGCCUUACAAGUAGGCUCCAACAUUCAUAAAGUAAUGGUAACCAAAGGUUAUCAUUUAUUAUUCAAAAAUUCUAAAACAAAGCAAGGGAUAGAGUGCUUAUUAAGACAGCAAUACAACGAAGCUGCAUCCAUACUGCAAGAAGUCCACCAAACCGACUUAGAAAAUCCAGUAGUAAACUAUUAUCUUGGCCUUACUUAUAGCAAACUGGAUGAUUUGAAAUCUGCAAAUAUCUGCUUUAAAAAAGUGAUUGAGUAACUUUUAUUUAGACUUGGCAAAAAACCUAUUCAUAAAAAUAAACAGUUUAUCAAGCAUUUUAUGAGAAAAGCCCAAAAAGCAAUUAUCGAUGUUACUGAAAGCGGGUCUGAAGAUAAUGUAGUUUAUGAAAUCUCAGAUACAUCAAUUUCGCUUGGGCCGAUAAGAAGAAGCUCUGAAGUAUUUAAAGUAAGGGCAGGAGGGACUUAUGAGUUUGCGCCAAUAAAAGCUCCAAGUCCUACCGAAAGUCCUGAGGUCUCCCCUAACCAAAGUUUGGUUUAUGAGUCUAAUGAUGAAAAAUGUGAUAUAUUUUAA